AUGUCAAUGGCAAAGAAACCUGUGAAAUACACUCUGGUUGACGCGUUCACUGACUCUGUCUUCAAAGGAAACCCUGCAGCAGUGUGUCUCUUGGAAGAGGAGAGGGACAAGAAGUGGUUUCAAGCAGUGGCAGCUGAGUUCAAUUUAUCUGUCACAGCUUACAUAACUCCCUUCACUGAGUCCAAUCACAACCUUAACUCGCUCCAUGGGACCUCUAACAAUCCCCGUUUUCAUCUCAGAUGGUUUACUCCUGUUACUGAGAUAGAGCUCUGUGGCCAUGCUACUUUAGCUUCUGCUCACACACUAUUUUCAUCUGGUUUGGUGGAUACUGAUGUUAUUGAAUUUGUGACACUUUGUGGAGUAUUGACUGCCAAAAAGAUCCCAGCGAUCAAUAUGACUAGUGACUCAAACUUGCAAAAGGGUGAAGCUCAUGAUGGGUUUUACAUUGAAGUGAAUUUCCCUGUUGAUCCUGUUGUAGAAUUCAACUUCGAGGAGACUUCUCAAGUUGCUGCCGCAUUGAACGGUGCUUCCAUAAUUGAUAUGAAGAAGACACAACAUGGAGAUGACAUAUUCGUUGUGGUCCCAUCUGGAAGAGCUGUCGAAGAACUACAGCCACAACUUGAUGAAAUAGUUAAAUGUCCUGGAAGGGGGGUAAUUGUUUCGGCGGUUGCUCCUCCAGGCUCAGGAUUUGACUUCUGUAGUCGAUUCUUCUGCCCAAAAUAUGGAGUCAAUGAGGAUCCUGUUUGUGGGGGUGCACAUUGUGCAUUAGCACCCUACUGGAGCAAGAAGCUAGGGAAGUGUGAUUUCAAUGCUUACCAGGCAUCAAGCAGAGGGGGAGUUCUUAAUGGUCAUUAUGAUGAGCAAAAUCGAAGAGUGUUUUUGCGUGGAAAGGCUGUUACAGUAAUGGAAGGCAGUGUUCUGGUCUAG